AUGCAGAGGUUAGGCCAACCGGUGGGAAAUGGAAAUGGAAAUGGUGAGGGAAACGUGAAUGAUAAUGCUGAGGGAAAUGGAGAUAACAUGGGAGGUGCUCCGAUGACUUUGGCAACAUUUCUCAAGGUUUGUCCACCAGGUUUCAGAGGAUCAACUAAUCCCACAGAAGCGGAUAACAUGUUCCAAGCUAUGGAGCAUGCACUGCAAGCACAACAUGUCCCAAAUAAUCAAUAUGUGGAGUUUGCUGCCUAUCAGCUUCGGGAAGAGGCCCAGCAUUGGUGGCAAGCAGAAUGCCGCUUACUACAUCUUCAGAAUGCUGAUAUUCCUUUGGAUGUAUUCCAGACGGCCUUCUACAAGAAGUACUUUCCUGAGUCUGCAAGGAAAGUAAAAGAGAUAGAACUUAUGCAGCUGAAGCAAGGUUCCUUAUCUGUGGCCGACUACACCAGCCGAUUUGAGGAACUAUGUAGGUUUUCUAGGGCGUAUCAGGGUUCCCCGGAGACCUAUGAAAGUUGGAAGUGUGUCAAGUACCAAAGGGGCUUGAAGGACGACAUCAUGAUUGCUGUGGCUCCUUUGGAGAUUCAGAUUUUCUCUGAUCUGGUGAACAAGGUAAGAGUGGUUGAAGAAUACGCAAAGGCAGUAGCCUCGUCAAGGGACACUCAUGGAGGAAACACUAGUAGGGAACGCGAUGAUUACCUUGGACCAAGGGGACAAAACAUCAAGAAAUAUGGUAAAGGGAAGCGGUCAAGAGCUUACUCCUCAGAUAUGAAAUGUCAGGAGUAUGGGAACUACCAUCUGAAUAGGCCAUGCCAGUUGGGUAAGGAACUAUGUUACAAGUGGGGCUUACCGGGACAUUUGGAUAGAGAUUGCCCACACCGAGGAGCACAUGAGGCGGAUCGAUCACAACAACAGGGUUGA